UCCUCUGAACUUUCUCUUAGACUGAGCGACCUCUUCUUUCUCCAGAAUUUCCUUCCCCAGACGCCACCGACCCGAUCCGGCUCCGACGUGUACAGUGUUGACGUUCGUUUCGAUUAUCGCCUGUCAUUGUUGCCCCAGAUCCACUUCGAAUCCUGUUUUCUGGGGGCUCCAACGCCCCCCGCAUCGCGAACGAGGUAGUGGCCAUUGAGCCCUGUCAUCACUGCUUGAACCGUUAGUGAGGCCCAGCCACGGUAUCCGUUGCGCUCUCUGUUGGAAAUACUUUGAAGGCUGCCACAGGGUUGCGUGUUGCCCCUGUGUCGCGAAGAUGAGGACGGACGAGCACAACCCUCUCAACCGGCGACAUUCGUCCACGCUACACUAUCAGACGUUUGAUACCCCGCCGCCUAAGUCUCGUGGGAGACCCAACUCUGGUCAAUCUGCAUCAUCGGGCGAUGACUCGCAGUACCAACCUACCGAUUCUCACCAUGGACCGGGGCACGGAUCGCCUCUCCCGAAGAAGCAGAUGGCGGUUCUCGCGAUGAUAUCCCUCUGCGAGCAGACGGCCUUUAACUCCGUUAGCCCUUACCUGCCCGACAUGGCGUCAUCGUUUCCCGAGGUCGAGCCGAAUAUGGUCGGUGUAUACGUUGGAGCCAUUGCCACUGCAUUCGCCAUCGCACAGCUUGUUACCAAUUAUUUCUGGGGCUGGUUAUCUGAUCGAGUUGGACGGAAGCCGGUCAUUUUACUGGGUACAAUCCUCACGGCGGCAUGCUUUGUUGCCUUUGGAUUUUGCACAACGCUCUACCAGGCGAUUUUGGUGCAGGCUUUGAUGGGCGCCGUCAAUGGCAACCAGGGUUUGGUGUCCACCUGUCUGGGUGAAAUCACCGAUCGAAGCAACCAGUCGAAGGCUUUUACCUAUCUUCCUGUUCUUUAUGGCAUUGGAGGCAUAACUGGGCCGCUUUUGGGAGGCCUGCUGAUUUUCGAACAAAAUCCCUUUGAUAAAAGCCAGCGCAAUCCCUUUCCCUAUCUCGCCCCGAAUCUGCUCGCCGCUGGAGUCCUUGUUCUGGACUUUCUGCUAUCGAUAUUUUUCCUUGAAGAGAGUCUUGAAGACGCAGACACAAUCCCCAAUUUCAAGCAACGACUUCGUGCCAUAUUCACGUGGCUGUGGGAGUGGACUAGUUCUGCAAAGAGCGCGAGCCGGAUGAAGCCGCCACAUGCCUCCCAUUAUCGCCAUCUUCGUACACAAUCGGACGACAGCCAGGACCAUGACAGCGAGUUAGACUCGGCGUCCGAGGUAUCGGAGACCCGCCCGACUCGCCAUGAAUCAUUGACUAGAAGUGAGAUUUUCAACCGGGAUACUGUCUUGCUCCUCUUGACCUACCUGGUAUUCGCUCUGUGCAACGUUUCAUUCAACUCGUUGUUUCCCAUCUUCUCGCAGGCUUCUCCCCCGCUUGGGCGUGGUCUUACCCCGUCCGAGAUUGGUCUUGCGCAAGGAUUUUCCGGGUUUGUAACGAUCAUUUUCCAGAUCUGCAUUUUCGGCAAGUUGAGAGACAAGAUGGGAAACCGUUGGUCUUACCGAGCCGGUCUGUUUGGAUUCGUACUCUCCUUCAUCCUCAUGCCCUUUGUCGGGUAUAAGAGUGAUGGUUCCGGGAACGGAGUCAGUGGCAAGACUGCGCUCGUGGCCAUCGAGUUGUGCUUUGCGCUGCUGGUCAAGACGGUCGCAUCGGUUGGCGGGCUGACAAGUGCACUUUUGCUGAUUACAAACUCUGCUCCGGAUCAUGCUGUCUUGGGAUCCCUUAACGGACUUGCUCAGACACUUUCCGCGGCCGGCCGAGCCGUCGGGCCGUUCCUGUCUGGCAGUUUGUUCUCUCUAGCAUCCAAUCUGAAGCACAAGGGAGAAGCCAUGCCCUUCGGCGUGUUCGCCGCCGUAUCUUUUGUUGGAUUCAUUCUGAGUUUCGGGAUCCGAGGCCGCUCCCUGGAGGCCGAGGACUGGGAAAGCGAGAGCGACGACAGCGACAAGUCAGACGACGAAGCCUCCGGCCCGUGAGGGCCUCCACUCGUUCCAAUAAAGAUAAACAAAAGAAUAAUCUUUACGACCUCACGAUAUUAUUUACAAUUCAUAGACAAUCCUCGCCACCGAGCGCUCAAUUUUUGCGCGAUAUCAUUCUUUCCCGAUGCAUGCAUGCAUGGUGUUCGGCGUCGUGUAUUGUUAUGUUGGUCUGAAGCCGUUUCUGAAUCCAAGAGCUACCGAUCACUUUGGUUUCGGGAGUCUAGACCGUGCCAGUCUUUUAUUUUUGUCUUCCAAGCUGUAUCAAUAGGAAUUAGACUUCUGUUCAUGUAUCUUGCUAGACACAAAACGAAUUGUUGCAUCUGUUUCUGAGCUCAUUCAGCGCGCCCUGUACAUAUGCAUACUAGCCUAAUCUGUGUGGGAACUACAAAUAAAUCCAGCAAAAGACAUAU